AGUACUCACUUAACUUGCUUCCUCUUCAACUUCUUCUCCUGGAUCUGCAGUCAUGUUGGAACCAUUGUUUCAAUACAUCGAUGAUCACCAAAAUCAGUUUGUCCAGAGGCUUAAAGAGUGGGUAGCCAUCAAAAGUGACUCUGGAGAUCACACAAAAUGGGGAGAAGUUGAAACAAUGUUGAACAUGGCGGCAGAGAGGAUCAAAAAGAUGGGAGGUAAAGUGGAGCUAGCUGACGCAGGCACUCAUCAGCUGCCCAGUGGGGAGACGGUGCUGCUCCCACCGGUUAUACUGGCUGAAUUUGCCAAGGACCCAAAGAAAGCCACUCUCUGUAUCUAUGGCCAUGUGGAUGUCCAGCCAGCCAAGAUGGAGGAUGGCUGGGCCACUGACCCCUUUAAUCUGACAGAGAUUAAAGGUAACUUGUAUGGAAGAGGGGCUACGGACAACAAAGGGCCAGUUCUGGCUUGGCUACAUGCUGUGGAGUCCUAUCAGGCCACAAAGAAGGAGAUACCAGUGAAUAUUAAACUCAUCAUCGAGGGUCUGGAGGAGGUGGGUUCGUACGGUCUGUUCAAGUUGAUCAAGAAGAGAAGAGACAGCUUCUUUGCAGAUGUCGACUUUAUUGUGAUAUCUGACAACGUGUGGGCGACGACAACUCCAGCACUGACUUAUGGAACCAGAGGAAGCAGCUACUUCUUUGUGGAGAUUGAAGGUCCUAAAUUGGACUUGCAUUCUGGAGUGUACGGUGGUUCGAUCCAAGAGCCCAUGGCAGAUCUGAUAGCCUUGCUUGGAAGUCUGUUGGAUCACACCGGAAAGAUCCAGGUUGUUGGGGUCUCAGAUGAUGUCACCCCCCUCACUGAGGACGAGAGGAAGCUCUAUGACAACAUUAGCUUUGACCUGGAGGAAAUGAAGAAUGUGGUUGGGGUCAAGCACUUUCUGCAGGACACUAAGGAGGAAGUCCUCAUGGCUCGAUGGCGUUACCCAUCCCUGUCCAUCCAUGGAGUAGAGGGGGCCUUUUCAGAUCCAGGCAGCAAAACUAUUAUCCCCAGAAAAGUCACAGGAAAGUUCUCCAUCCGACAAGUGCCCAACAUGGACCCACCAGAUGUGGAGAGGAAGGUGAAAGAGCACCUGGAGCAGGUCUUUUCCACUCUUAACAGUCCUAACAGGCUUAAAGUGACUGCCACAGUCGGGGCCAAACCAUGGGUGGCCAACCUGCAAGACUCUCAGUAUGUGGCUGGACAAAAAGCCGUCAAAGACGUGUUUGGAGUGGAGCCAGAGUUCAUCCGUGAGGGCUCCACCAUCCCUAUAGCUCAGACCUUCCAGGAGGAAACAGGCAAGAGUGUGAUGAUGCUGCCAAUCAGUGGCCAUGAUGACGGGGAGCACUCUCAGAAUGAGAAGAUUAGCAGGUACAACUACAUUGAGGGGACAAAGCUGUUUGCUGCAUAUUUUUAUGAGCUCUCACUUCUUCAUUAGAUUCAGGAUCUGUUUCUGCCAGAACUGUGACCAUUAUAAUUAUACUGUAAGUGACAGUAUUGCUCUAAUUUAUUCAAGGAUCAUUAUAUUGCCUGUAUUAAAGAUAUUACUUUGAUUAUAAGAAAAAUGUUUUAGCACCCUCUAGUGUUUUAGAGAAAAGGCAUAUGUUUAAAGUAUUUCACAUUUGCAUUGUAUUACAACAGGAUAUAAUACAUGAUCUCAUACUGUCAUUGUUAAACAAAAUAACUGUGUACAAUGUUUAUUUUACAAUGUAGUAUACUGUGGAUGAUUAACAAUAAAUACAUCCUACUUCAGAUUAAACAAUUCUAUCA